GAGCGGCGCGGGAGCGGUGCGGGAGCGGCGCGGGAGCGGUGCUGCAGGCACGUUUCCUGUCAUGGUGAAGGAGGGGCAUGAUGGCAGCCUGCUGGUGCCCCUGGGACCCAAGCUGCAGGCCUGCCCGGAGGAGCUGCUCCGGCAGCGGCCAGGCCGUGGCGGGCAGCCCGAGUACCUGGUCCGGUGGCGUGUGGUCAGCCUGGAGGAGCGAGCCGCGGGAGGCAGCAGCGCCCGCUCUGCCACGGCGAGGCCGGAGAGCGUCUUGAUGUGGAUGUCUGCAGAAGAGGUCUGUGCCAGCUGCCCGGCGCUGCUGGGCAGGAGGAAGCUGGCAGGGCAGCGGGAGGCAGAGCAGCAGGCAGGCGGCCCAUGUGCUGCAGAGGUCCCGCUGGAUGCAGCCUCGCUGCUGGAGCUGAAGGCUGAUGUCAGGAGCCUGGUGCAGCGGGCCGGCCGGCAGCUGGCUGAGCGCGGGGCCCCCAAGUCCUCCGUCCUCAGCACCAUCCACGUGCUGAGCGCCUAUGCCGGCAUCGGCGCGCUGGCGGGUGCCUUCCGGGAGACGGGGGCCCUCCUGCUGCUGAUGAAGAUGCUGUGCCACCGGGAGAAGCAAAUCCACCACAGCGCUGGCAAGAUGCUGAGGGCCUUGGCUUCGCACGACGCAGGGAGCAGAGCCUAUGUCCUGCUGUCCCUGAGCCAGCAGGAUGGCAUUGAGGAGCACAUGGACUUUGAGAGUCGCUACACCUUGCUGGAGCUUUUUGCUGAGACCAUGUCCUCUGAAGAGCACUGCAUGUCCUUUGAGGGGAUUCACCUUCCCCAGGUCCCCGGGAAGCUGCUGUUUGUCCUGGUGAAGCACUACCUGUGCGUCACUUCCCUCCUGGAGAAGCUCGGCAGUGGCGCGGAGCAGGGAGGGGAGCAGCAGGACCGCGCUGUGCCGAGCCUCGGCGCUGGGGAGAGGAGCUGUGUGAAGCAGGAGUUUGAGUUCAGCAUGGCUCUGGCAAACCUCAUCUUGGAGCUGGUGCAUGUGAUGGGCUGGGACCACAGCCAGAAGCCAGAGCUGCUGCCCCAGCAGGAGCUGCAGCCUCGCCCCAGCCGCUCCAUCUUCCAGCCCAAGCCCCCGCCCUUCCCUGCUGCCGCGGUGCCUGCGCUCCCUUCCAGUCGUGGUCCUCCCAAAAAGCAGGGUCGUGCCUUCCUGACCCGCUCAGACUUCGCCGACUGCAGUGGCUACGUGGAGUACCUGCAGGCGACCCUGGUGUGCGGCAUGAGGGUGUGCUUGCUGGAGGACUAUGGUGAUGUUAGAGCUGGGGAGGAAGGCGAGGUUCUGCAGAGCACUGGUAGCAGGUACACAGUGCAGGUUUUAUGGCAGUCAGCAGGUCGGACCGACUGGAUACGUUGGCACAUGUUGGAGAUUAUUGGCUUUGGAGACCAGGGGGAAGAUCCUGCUGCUCAGAAAAAAGAGUAUAGUCUGAUAAAGAGCCUUAAUGUAGACACAGUUGCUCAGCCGCUUUUCCGCAAGCCCUUUGGCGGGCUGUACUCCCUGCCUUACCUGGGGGAGCAGCCCCCCGAGGCUGCAGAGGCCCUGAGUCGUGCCGAGUGGUGGGAGCUGCUCUUCUUUGUGCAGAAGCUGGAAGCGCGGGAGCAGAAAGAGAUCACCUGUCUCAUCCAACAGGACCAGGGAGAGCAGCCGUCGGAGGUGGAUGAAGAAGCCCUGAUCCAGCUGUCAGUGCCCGUGGAGCGGGCCCAGAAAGUGCUGCAGGUGUUGGAGAGGCGGUGUCAGGGCAGCGCUCAGCGUGACCUGCGUGGCUCCCAGAUCUACACCAAAUACCUCCUCGGGAGGGGGGCGGCGCGGGAUGGCGGGGGGAGCGCUGCGGUGCCCUCGGAGGGUGCCAGCUGCAGGAGCACUGGCCCUGCAGCCACGGCAGCCAAGUCAGCCAAGGAAGAGCUCUCGGCAAGCACAGUGCCACCCGGAGCCCCCGGUGGGGCAGCCAAGUCAGAUUCCCAGCUGUUCAGUGAGCUCCUUGAGAGGGAAGGGCUGUUGUUCCCAGAGGUGACGGAGGAGCAGAUCAAGGUGUUGGGCAGCUCCGAGGGGGUGAGAGAGAGGGGCUCGCUGGCCAGGAUCGCAGCCAUAGCGGACACGAUCCAGAGCAGCACCUCAGAGGUGGGGCUGCAGUUAGCUGGGCUCAGGCAGAUCGUGAGGAUCCUGGAGGAGGAGCCUGAGCUCGAGCAGCAAGUCAACAAAGCCCAGGGCAGGCUGGGUUCCUGGAGUGCCAGGGAGAAGCUGGUGAAGGUGACAGUGGAGCUGCUGAGCACUGAGGUGGCAGAGAAGGCCCUGGUGGUGCUGGUGCUGCGGCUGCUGGCCCUGCUCAUGGCCAAGUACGACUGGCGCGUGCUGUUUGCCACGGAGGGCGGCGUGCGGGCUGUGCUGGCCGGCAUGCGGCAGCACGGCUCCUCCGCCCUGGUGCAGCAGGCUGGCCUGGUGGCCCUGAAGGUGCUGUUGGGAGCCGUGGCCGGCAAGCCAGGGGGUGCCGGUGGGAAGCCCCCGCUCCUGAGCCGCGUCGACGCGCAGAUGAUGCGGGAGAUCUUUGCCAGCAUCGGCUCUGCCUCCAGCAAGAGCUCGGCCAGCCUGCUGAGUGCCAUCCCUGCUGCCAUUAGCAGCAUGCAGAGGGUGCCAGGGGGCGGCUCGGGCGUGCGGAACGGCUUGCUGGUGGUGAGCGUGCUGAUCGACGGCCACCGCGGCCUGGCAGAGCAGCUGGUGAGCUGCGGUCUGUGCGCCGCGCUGCGGAGCUGCUGGGGGGACGGGCAGAGCCCGGGCUGCCCUCAGGCCGUGCUGGCCCUCGGCGUGACCAACCGGCUGGCAGAGCACCGGCUGCCCCUGGGCCCCGAGACGGCAGGCAGCGAGGCCCCGCUGGACCUGAGGGACGUGCGGGUGCUUCUGGGCAGCCUGGAGGACGGCGUCUUGUCCAAGGACGUGGUGGUGGCCCUGGAGCGGCAGCUCUGCAGCCAGGGCCCCGGGGUCCCCUCUGCCAAGGCGGCCCAGCUGCUGCAGGACCAGAGGUGCUUCAGGCUGUUGCUGCAGAGCUUGGAGCUGCUGGGGGCGGAGAAGGCCGUGAGCCUCAGCAUCCUCAGGAUCCUGAACAAGUUCCUGGACGGUUACCAGGAGGAUGUGCUACCUUGGAACGAGUCUGUGGAGCCCUGUUUGUCCUCUCUGACUGCCCACAGCAGCGACCUGGAGGUGGUGCAAGAGGUCGUUGGCUUCCUCCACCGCCUGGCCACCGCCAGCAAGGACUGUGCGGUGGUGAUGUGCCAUGCGGGCACCCGCGAGGCUCUGUCCAAAGCUCUAGACAAGCACAGCACGGCCCCGCUGCUGGCACCGGCCCUGCUUGACCUGGUGGUUGACUGCGAGAAGUAUGUCAGCCUCUGCAAGAAGCUGAUGACCAGCAUCUUGGCUGGCUGCAUCCAGCUGGUCCUGGGGCAGAUUGAGGAGCACCGCCGAAGCCAGCAGCCCAUCAGCAUCCCCUUCUUUGGUGUCUUUCUGCGCAACCUUUGCCAAGGCUCCAGCGUGGAGGUGAAGGAGAACAAGUGUUGGGAGAAGGUGCAGGUCUCCUCCAACCCCCACCGGGCCAGCAGGCUCACAGACAGGAACCCCAAGACGUACUGGGAAUCAAAUGGCAGCACUGGCUCCCAUUUCAUCACUGUCCACAUGCAGCAUGGUGUGGUGGUCAGGGAGAUGAGCAUGCUGGUGGCCAGCGAGGACUCCAGCUACAUGCCAGCCCGUGUUGUGGUGCUGGGGGGAGACAGCCCUGCCGCCAUCAGGACUGAGCUCAACACGGUGACCGUCCUGCCCUCAGACAGCAAAGUGAUCCUGCUGGAGAACAUGACCCGCUUCUGGCCUGUCAUCCAGAUCCAGGUGAAGCGGUGCCAGCAGGGAGGCAUUGACACACGUGUGCGUGGCAUCGAGGUGCUGGGUCCCAAGCCCACUUUCUGGCCCAUCUUCAAGGAGCAGCUGUGCUGGCGGACGUACCUGUCCUGCACUGCCCGGGCUCAUGCCUGGUGCCAGGAGAUCUGCCAGGACCGUAGCCAACUGCUGCAGCUCUUUGGCAGGCUGAACCGGGCACUGCGGCACGAGCAGGACUUUGCCGAUCGCUUCCUUCCUGACGCCGAGGUGGCCCAGGCAUUGGGCAGGACCUGCUGGGAGGCCCUGGUGAACCCCUUGGUGCAGAGUAUCACCAGCCCAGACCCCCGUGGCAUCAGCCCCCUGGCCUGGCUGCUGAGCGAGUAUCUGGAGCGCGUGGAGCCCCCCUGCCGUGCCGCGAGCCACAGCGCUGCCUUUGGUUCCCGUGUGCGGCGCCUGACCCAGCUCCUGGUGCACGUGGACCCCGGUGGCCCAGAGCCAGAGGAGGCAAGAGUAGCUGGCCAGAAGGAGGGGAAGAACAAGGAGAUGCCAGCCAGGGCUGCGAAGGCAGUGGUGGAGAAGUCGAGCAGCCUGUGGAGCAUCUCGCAGUGCUGGCGUGGUGUGGUGCAGCAGCAGGUGCAGCGGUUCCUGGAAACGGCCGGGCAGGCGCCGGACCUUGUGGAGCGAUACUGCAUGCUGUACCAGCGCCUGCGCAGCGCCACAGAGCAGCUCUUUGGGCAGCAGGCUGCCUUCCUGCUGGCCCUGGGCCAGGGCUUCGCGGGGGCUUUGCUGCAGCUCUCCUUCCUUACCAGCCUGCACGUGAGUGAGCAGUUUGCCCGCUACCUUGACAGGCAGAUCCAGGAGCUCCACGGGGCUGCGGGCAGUGCGGAGCUGCCCCGGCAGCUGCAGCAGAUCCUGGAGCCCUUCGUCAUCUUCAGUGGCCUGGAGCUCGCCCACAGCUUCGAGCACUUCUACCGGCACUACCUGGGGGACCGGCUCCUGGCACAAGGGCCGUCUUGGCUGGAAGGAGCCAUCGUGGAGCAGAUCGGGCUGUGCUUCCCCAGCCGCUUCCCCCAGGAGAUGCUGAGCAACUUGGCUGAGUCAGAGGAGCUCCAGCAGCAGUUUUACCUCUUCCAGCUGCAGGAGCAGGACAAGCGGCUGCUCGAGCUGGACACGGGCCUGGAUGAGGCACCGGGGCCGGCCCCGGCAGCGCAUGUGCCGGAGGUGAAGGUGCUGGCCCUGUCCCCGCGCUGCUGGCCCAUCUCCCCGUUCUGCUACAUGGAUGAACCUGGCAGGUUUUUCUCAGCGGCCCUGAGCUCCCCCCUGGACGAAUUUGCCACCUUCUGCAGGCAGAGCCAGAGCCAGCUGGGCUGGGCAUGCAGGAAGCCCCCACGGCUGCAGUGGACGUGGCUGGGCCGUGCUGAGCUGCAGUUUGGAGACUGCGUCCUCCACGUGUCCACGCUGCAGAUGUACAUCCUGCUGUGCUUCAACAGCGCCGAGGAGGUGGCUGUGGAGGCCUUGCUGCAGGCUACGGGGCUCCCUGCUGACCUGGUGCACCAUGCACUGACACCACUGACCCAGGGUGAGGGUGUCCUGGUGCAGAGCUGCGUGCUGGGAGGCCCAGCUCAGGGCUUGGCUGACCCUGGGCUGGGUACUGCUCCAGGUGUGCUACGGCUGAACCAGGCAGCCCUGGCCUGUGCCUCUGGCCACCUGAGGCUGCUGCCCCAGCAGAGGUACCUGCAGGCAGAGAGGGCUGAGGUCAGUGCCCUGGAAAGGAAGAGGAACAUCCUUUACUGCCUCAUCACCCGCAUCCUCAAGGUGGAGAAGCAGCUCCACAUUGACAACCUGGUGUUUAGGGUGAUUGAUGCCUGUCAGAAGGGUGAGUCGGGGCCAGGGCUGCAGUUUCUGAGCUUCUGCUGCCACAGCGUGGAUGUGCUGUCCUGUGUCCUGCACCUGCUGAAGCAGGGCUAUCUCCGGCGCCAGGAGGAGAGGCCCCAUGUCUUGGAAUAUGUCCCUGCUGAACCCACAGCACCUCUGGGGGGGCAGGCACAGAUGGUUUUCCAGAGCAGGCCACCAGAGGCAUGUCCAGAUGAGGAGAGCAUAGACUGCCUGUACUGGUCGGAGGAGUUUCUCAUGGCCGUGCUACAGGUGCCAAUGGGGCACACGCUUAGCCCAGAGGAGGCGAAGCUGCUUAUGAAGCAGACAGUACAGCAAGUUCAGGAUACUCUGAGCAUCCCAAGUGAUGUUGCUCAGCACCUCCUUAUGCACUGCAGGUGGAAUGUGGAUUUCCUGAUCCAGUGCUAUGUGGAGAGUCGUGAGGCCCUGCUCAUCUCCUCAGGCUUGCAAGUGCAGGAUGUCCAGCCCCCCCCAAGUCCAGGAACCCACUGCCCAGUCUGUGUGAAUCAGCUGUGUCCCACUGAGAAGCCACCAACCCUCUGCUGCAUGCACUACUGCUGCAAGCCCUGUUGGAGUGAAUAUCUCACAACUCGCAUUGAACAGAACAUGGUUGUCAGCUGCACCUGUCCCAUAUCCGAGUGCCGUGCGCAGCCAACUACGGCCUUCAUUUGUUCCAUUGUUUCCUCUGAAGAGAUUAUAGCUAAGUAUGAAAAAGCCCUCCUCAGAGGCUAUGUUGAGUGUUGCUCCAACUUGACAUGGUGCACCAACCCUCAGGGCUGUGAUCAGAUUCUCCUUAAGGAUGGACUUGGCUAUGGGGCAGCCUGUUCAAAGUGCUCCUGGGUGUCCUGCUUCAACUGCAACUUCCCAGAGGCCCAUUAUCCUGCUAGCUGCAGCCACAUGUCUCAGUGGGUGGACGAUGACGGGUACUAUGAGGGAAUGACAAGUGAAGCCCAAAGUAAACAUCUGGCUAAGCUCAUUUCAAAGCAUUGCCCAAGCUGCCAGGCUCAGAUAGAGAAAAAUGAGGGGUGCCUGCAUAUGACGUGUGCAAAGUGUAAUCACGGCUUCUGUUGGCGUUGCCUCAAGCCCUGGAGACCAACUCAUAAGGAUUAUUACAACUGCUCUGCGAUGGUGAGUAAAGCAGCUUGGCAGGAGAAGCGUUUUCAGGAUUACAAUGAGAGAUGCACUUUUCAUCAUCAUGCAAGGGAAUUUGCCAUGAGUCUGAGGAACAGAGUUUCUUCCAUCAGUGAAAUGCCAAAGAUUAGGAAUUUGACCUUUGUUCUUCAUGCCUGUAAAGUGCUAGAACAGGCACGGAAGGUGCUAGCUUACUCCUGUGUGUACAGCUACUAUAACCAGGACUCUCAGAGCAUGGAAAUUAUGGAACAGCAGACUGAGAGCCUGGAGCUGCACACUAAUGCUCUGCAGAUCCUUCUGGAGGAAACACUGCUACAGUAUCAGGACCUGGCCUGUUCUCUUCAGCUGCUGAAAGCAGAGCAUUUUCGUGCUGGUUUGGAGUUGGUACACCGGAUCAAGGAGCGUCUCUUUGCAAUUCUCUGGCACUCCACACAGCAGGAUUUCCACAUUGGGCUCCAGACUUCAGUAAAUCCUGAUCAGAGAAAGGUGAAACUCUCAAAUGUGCCUGCUUCAGCUGCUGCCUGUAUGGGGUCAAAACAUAUCUUCUGUGGCUCCCCCAGCACAGAUGAAGGUCACAAAGAGGUUGAAGAUGAGGACUAUGAACCGCAGUGGCAGGAAAACUAUGAUAAUGAUGAUGACCUUGAUGAAGACAACUUUCUGUUCGAUGAUGAGUCUGAUAACGUCGAUUGUGACUCCUCCUCCUAUGAUGAUGAUUAUGUCUUUGGCUAGAAUUGGACUGUAACCAAGCCUGCCAGCCUGGGCCUCUGCCUCUACUCUGUCUUGACCAGUUGGCGUUAGUAACUUUCCUCAAAGACAGCGAGGUGCUCUCAGGAAGAAUGAAGAGACACUUCCUCUGGGGGCUGCUUGCUUAGUCUUUGUCUUUUAAUAUGCAGAAACUAUGCUCUGGACAGAUGGGCUGCAUUACUGUGGCCACCUCCCUCAGAAAGAUGUCUCUUUGCCUUUCUGCCUUGUCUCUAUUUCUUCCCAUAGAUACCUAAUUGAGUUAGAAAGUCACAGUCCAGCUGCAAAGUGAAGACUGCUUGCCGCCCAAUAAAGGACUGGUCAGUGUCCUUGAGUGUGCUCUUCCCAAGCACUGGGCACAGGUGAUAUGUACAUCAUAUGUCCUAGCAUGGCAUUGUCCAAUCUAGCCAGUGUCUAGAAAUACUGUAAAACAAUGUGUUUAUGCUCAAGUCAAUGCCUCCCAGCUGGAGCUGGAGGGAUUCCAUUCCAGAGCUACAGGUGGAUGUGGUUCAGUGCAUUUCUCUAGCUGAAGGGGACAGCUUUUUUGCUAUUGGCUUGGAGUUGUCUUGGGAUGGGCUGCUAUGAGUGGCACAAAUUUGCAGGACUGUUUUAAAGGGUUUAAAUGUAUGCACACACACACAAAUAUAUAUAUAUAUGUAGAGGUUGUUCAGGUAAUAUUUUGCAAAAAAGAAAACCCUGAGGAAGAAGGGUUAAAAAAAAGUUUUGUUUAAAAAAGAAACAGUUUUCUUCUA